ACACACACACACCAUGAGCGCGCACAACCCAGUUGGCAAAGUUUGAAGAGCCGUACUUUUAUAGCGCAGACGUGUCAGACAGAAAUUGGUCAACUAUGCGGGAUAUCUCUGAGCGGCUGAACAGAAUUUUUUGGCUUCGCAGUGAUAAGAAGUUCGGCGCCUAUUAUCUCGAGUCUGACCGUGAACGGUGCUAUAUUAUCCUCCACCUGCGCUGAACCGUUUCGGAGUUUUGCUCUCGGUGUCCGUGGCUUCACUUUUGGAGGAAGGCAAACAGUUAGGAUAUCUGGACACUGUGGCACGAGACGGGACACCGCGUGCGCCAGGCGUCAGGCAUAUAGGAGUCAACAAGUGGCUCUCAUUCUCGGGCAGGGGGAGAGAGAUUAUAAAAACGUGAAGCUGUUGAAUGGAAAGUUAGUCAAGAGACAAACAUUUUUUUUUAAUCGCGAGGUAUUUUAAGUAUAUCAAUUUUAUUUGCGCCACUUGAAGGCAAAGAGGAUAAUUACCAAGUUAUCUUAAAGCGUGUAAGCGUUUAUUAUAACCAUGAGUGGACCGGUGGUUUUCCAGAUGUGGAUAGUUUUAUUGCUGGGGACAAUAACCGAGAUCGGGAUGGCUCAGGUCUCCACAGCCAAGGUGAUGAGGAGCAACAUCAGGAGAGACGACAGCAAUCGCCUCACCACAGACUUGUACCGCAAAGAGGAAAACAUCACGGUAACUCCAGUGGGUGGAGUCAUCCACAGUCCACGCUACCCUAAUGCUUACCCCCGCAACCUGCUGUUGUCAUGGAAACUGCUGUCACCGCCAGGGAGCCGCAUUCACCUGGAGUUUGACGGACACUUUGGCCUGGAGGAGGCUGAGAAUGGAGUGUGCAGGUAUGACUUUGUUGAAGUGGAGGACCAAUCAGAGACAAGCACUAUAAUUUGGGGUCGCUGGUGUGGGCAGAAAGCUCCACCUAGUCUCAACUCCAAAACCAACAUGCUCAGAGUCACCUUCAAGUCUGAUGAUUACUUUGUUGCAAAGCCAGGAUUCAAAGUCUACUACUCACUGCUGUAUGAAUCUUCUCUACCUGCAGCCAACACCAACUGGGAAGCUGUCACUAUGCCCAUGUCGGACAGUGGUGGAGGGCAGAUGUCUGUCCCAGUCACAGAGGUUCCUUUCUCACUGGAGGAUCUGGACCGAACCAUAGCUGCCUUUGACACUAUAGAGCAGCUUCUCAAAUCCCUGAACCCAGAAACCUGGAGACAGGACCUGGAUAGCAUCUACACUCAAACACACAUACAUUAUAGAUCCAGGGCCUAUCAUCUGGCCAGCAGACAUAAUAAAGUUGAUCUGAACCGUCUCCAUGACGACGUCAAGCGAUACAGCUGUACCCCACGCAACUACUCUGUAAACCUGCGCGAAGAGCUGAGGGCCACCAACGCCGUCUUCUUCCCACGAUGUCUGCUGGUCAAACGCUGCGGGGGCAACUGCGGCUGUGGAACUAAUAACUGGAACAAUGGUUGCACCUGUCAGGCCUCCAAGACGACGCUCAAACUACACGAGGUGCUGAAGUACACCCCAGAGGUCACUCUGCAUCUGCGCCACCGGAGGCCACAGGUGCGCUGGGUUAUAGAUGAGAUCUUCCUCACACACCAUGAAACGUGCGAGUGUGCAUGCCCCUCCCAGCCCCCUCGCUGAAACACUUAAGAUUGGCACAUACAUCUGGAACUGUUGGAUGAGUUCUUCUUUUAUCUAUUUUGCAAAAGACUUCAUAUAAUAACAGCAACGCAGAAAUGUGCAGCAAAGAAGAAAGCAACAAUUUGACUGGCAAACUGCAGCUCAUAUCAUACACAGUGGCAUAGGUUCUUGCAACUAAACCACCGACUUUCCUCUGUGUACAGGUCAAACUUGUAAAUGCAUAAGUUACCAGCCAAACAUAUUUCUUAUUCAACCUUCCCACAGCUUGGAGUUUAAAUCAUAACUGUUUAGACCAUUAAAAAAAAAAAAAAAAACACAAAAAAAAUUGCUAAAAUAACAGUGGAACUCCAGAGGAAUUCAUUUCAACUCAGUCCUAGUUUUUUACUCCAAAAUAUAAAUAAUGAAAACCAUUUGGAAUACAAAAAUACCAUAUAACACCAAUAUUGUAUUAAACUUGCAUUUAGAUUUUGAUUAAAGGAGUUUAAUGGAUGCCAACUUGAUAGAACUGAAAUAGCAUUGACUCAGACCGCUAUGUAAACAGUUUCUUAUUCCUAUUUCACAUGUAUAACUUUGCGCCUCUUUCAGUUAUAAUAAGACUGUUUCUAGAAACUUCAGGCACUUCUUUUGCCAGAAGCACGCUGAGAUGAGUGAGUGUGAGACAGAAGGAGGGAGAGAGGGGUUGGAGGAAGUGUAAACCAAAAUAACACUUUAUCUUGAUGUGAAAUUAGGCUAACCACAACCCUCCAGAUCUGAACUGCACAGUAACACACACACAUUCACUCUACGCUUCCACUCCUUCUUAAAGACAAAAACUAGUUAUUUAUGCCAAAUUCUUCACUGCUCUAUUUUUCAGUGAAGGGCUCCUUUGUUUUGCACACAUUCCUGUCUGAAUAUAUUCACACUUCCCUUUGUCUGUACCUCCAUCCAUAUGCUUCCUGCUCCUUUUCUCUAUCUUUCUCUCAGUGACUCCAUCUCUAACACACACACACACACACACACACUCUUUUCCACUUCUCUCACUCACUCUGUAACACAUCAAAGGAGAUGUCAGAUCGGGCCACUGCGCUCUGCCCAUUUUUCCUGAACAUUCCUGGCAUUCCAACUGCUGACCAGAAUUCUGCUAACACGGAUAAAACCAUGAUCCUCAGACCCUAAGCACACAACAGAGGAAAGACGGUGAGGAAGAGAGACAAGAGAGGAAGUUUUUUAGAAGAGGUGGCUGACAGAAAAGGGGACAAUCAAGCUGCCUACUUGUAGAUUACCGGCACUCCUGAAUGAGAGCUGAAAGAGGGACCACUUUCCAAGAUAUAACACAGAAAAGAUUGCUGCUCCUUCAGUGGUUUCAAUCAGCAUGUGCUGAUUUUCUGCCGAGCAGCAACCCCCCCGCCCCCCUCAUGAAGAUGCUCACACGUAUCACAGUCUGACCCUCUGCUCUGCAUGUCUGCAGCAGCACUACAGCGAAAAAGAUAUCUGUGGGAAUUAGGGUAAUGCUCUUGGUCUCUGCUGAAAAUACAACUGAUACUUGAGAGUGAGUGUGUGUGUGUGUGUGUGUGUGUGUGUGUGUGUGUGUGUGUGUGUGUGCCAGUCUGCCUGUAACAGCUCAGGAAGAAGUUCUUUUGUUUUAAGGGGUGGAGGGUUACCAACAGUCUGUGAGAGCUGGCAGUAGCUACAAGCAUGUGAAUGGUCGGCAUGUGACUGUGCGUGUGAGUGUGUGUGAGUAUGUUGUGUCUAUGUGUAGGCAGCUAGAGUAUCAAAGCAAUAGAGCAAGAAUUCAAACUAACUGCUUAUCAUGUCCAUACACACGACCCAGCUGUGAGAAAUGAAAAACUGUGUCAUCUCUCUAUUGUCAUCUCCCGCAUAUCCCAUCAUCACAUGCUUGCUUACAGGCUGGAUUCGCACAGAGAAAAUGGGAUUUGACACAAUACUUAUGUUCAAAAUACUAACAAAUAAGAGUAAGCGGACACUGAGAUGAUUUCCUCGGUCACAGUGAAACCCCAUCAGCUGUGUGCUGAUGGCGCUUUCAUGUGCAUAUGUGUACUGUAAGUCACGGAUGACAUUUGGCAGGUGUGGGAUACAAAGCACUCUUUAUUCAAAAAGUGUGUCGGAUUGUGCAGUAGUCACAUUCCAAGUAAUUUAUCCCACACACCAUUCACAUAUAUACACACACAUCGUACACCUAUCUUUAUGGGGUCCUGUCAUUACAUGAUGUAUUCUUUAGCCCCUUACCCUAACCUUAAUCGUCACAACUGAAUGCCUAACCCAAUCCUUACCCUAACCCUAAAACCAAGUCUUGACCCUCAAACAGCCAUUUAAACUUGUAAGGUCCUGCAUUUUGAUCCCCACAAAGCUGUCGGACCCCACCAGCAGAACAAGCUCCCAGUAUUCAUACCCUACCAAUAUAGUAAAACAAGUUCACACACACACAGUUGUGCCCCGUUAUAUUAUCAGUAACUAACAAGCCAGAUGGUGAUUAGGUAAUGUGUCAUUUUCCGAGGUGCUUUGCUGUAAAAUGUAUAGUUACUGUACCAGUGACUAUGUUUGAGCUUUUUUAUGAAAUCUGCUGCCAACAGAAGAUGAAUUGCAAAUUUAUGUAUUAUAAAUGUAUGCGGGGAGCGUGUGUGUGUGUGCAUCCUGUGUAUGCCAGUUUGCCGGUGUUAUCAGCACAUUCCAUUGUUGCAUGCUCCCAAGUGACAUUCCUCUUUUUCCUUGAAAAUGCUUAGUUUCCUCAUGCAGUUCUUCACAAUAGAACCACAUGUAUUUCAACAUCAGUCAUAGACAACCUGCUUGUGUAAAUGCUUGGACAUUUUUGGGCUUAUUCACAUCAACUAAGAACAUCACAACCACACAUUAGACGUUUGAGAACAUUACAGAUUGUCAUACUUUCAAUAUAAUUAGGUUUGAAAUUUCAGCUUCCCCUUUGGGGAUUUAAACAGUUGUCGUGUCAUAUUUUCAAAUCUGAGAUAAGUUGUUGACUUUAGAAAAAAAGAAAACAGUCAACCUGUCUUUGCUGUAUUCAGAAAAAUAUUAAUGAUGAAACUGUAUGCUUUACUUAAAUAAUUUAUUGUCUUUCUCUGUUGUUUUAUUAAAAAUAUCAGCUGGUUGGUUUUGAUAAAUAAAGUAUUUCUAGCAUUACUGUCUCCA